AUCAAUGAGACUACUCUAGUCUACUCUACAUAUACACACACAUAUAUAUACACACACACAAAUUAACGAAUAGAGGAGAAUCUUUUUUUUUCAUUGGAGAUGGUGAUGAAGUUGCGAGAUUGAGCUGAGAAUUGGAGGAAUUGGAGGUAUGGAUGAGGCGCAAGUUAGCGAGACGUCGAGGAAGCGUGGUUUAGCGGCGGAUGAGAGCUCCGGUACGGCGGAGAGAGGGAGAGUCGGCGACGGAGAGCCGGAAUUGUGUUCGUCGUCGUCGUGUUUAGUGCAGUUUAAACGGCGCCGUCAAGUGACGGAGAAUUGUGGUGAGGUGAAGUGUUUAGGUGAUGAUCAGUGUUCGAGCCCUAGCUCCGGUGAUUGCGCGGCUUCGUAUUGUUCGUCGACGGAGAUUCGGAAUGAUGAAUUGCAGUUUCCAGAUCUAGAGGAGGAGAGCGUGGAAAUUAAAAGCCUGACUUGUGAUUCUAACUGCAGAGAGAGGAGAGAGAUGACACCGUUGAGUGAGCUCGGAGAAGAAACAGGCGAACUGGAGUCAAAUUCCAAAACGCCGGCCGCAAAUUCUCGCCGUCGAUCAACGGCGGAGAAGAUGCCGUCUGAUGCUGAAAUUGAAGAGUUUUUCGCUGCUGCAGAGAAGAAAAUUCAGAAAGAAUUCACAGAAAAGUAUAACUUUGACAUUGUUAAGGAUAAGCCGUUGAAAGGACGUUACGAGUGGGCUCCACUGAAGCCAUGAAGAAGAAGAUGCAAAUUUAACACUAUUCUACUAGUAGUAUAAUAAACAGAGUCUUCUUUAAAAAUGAUCUCUGCAAAAACCUGCUCUGUUUCUGGUAGUAGUUACUAAUUUAAUAUCCGAUUUUAGGUGUUAAUUGUUAGCUUUGAAUCAUGUACAAAUUAAGCUAGCUAGCUCUGCAAAUUCUACUAUUAUUCUCAAGGCCAUUACAGAUUUUAGGGGAGGAUAUAUAAGAUCAGUCUCUUCCGUGUU